AUGCGUAGACGUGCAAAAGAAUCCAAAAAUGCAAAAGAAUCCAAAAAUGGUCCAACAGCGAGGAGACUGCCUGAUAGAUGGAUAGACUACGAUCCGGUGGGCAAGCCGUUGACAGGUACACGAUUCAUCGCGUUCAAAACACCGCUCAGUCAUGAUUUCUUCGUGAAUCGCGGUGACGACUUCAACGAAGAGGACGUUUUUGAAGUGGACACAAUUAUGUCGUAUGUGAGUUGGUUCUGUUUCCAUUAA